AUGGUGAACACGACGGCGGGCGUGAACAAGGCGGCGGCCCAGGGUGGGGGUCUGCGGCUGGCGUCGCUGAACCACAUCUCGGUGGUGUGCCGGUCGCUGGAGAGCUCGCUGGCAUUCUACUGCGACGUCCUCGGCUUCUUCCCCAUCCGCCGCCCAGGAUCCUUCGACUUCGACGGCGCAUGGCUAUUCAACUUCGGGAUCGGCGUGCAUCUGCUGCAGGCCGAGGACCUAGAGGGCAUGCCGCCCAUGAAGACAGAGAUCGACCCCAAGGACAACCACAUCUCCUUCACGGUACGCCGACCUUCUUUUUCUUCUUGUUGUUGAUGAAUAGCAUUACCCCUGCACUUCUUCUGGCCCCAAAUGCCAUGCAUCCGCAUCUACUUAAUCUGAAAUCUAUCCUCAGGUCACUGGCCACUACACUAGCGGCAUUUCACUUGUUAACGA